AUGGAUCCAGCGGCAUUCACCCCACCCACGGAGCUUCGAGAGCUCAUAACGGACUCAGCUACAAAAUUAAUCAAUCUGUGGCUAAAGCAUGAGGGAGAAGCGUUUCUCUAUGCUGUGGAGGACAAGCUACAACAGCUUAUUUCCGGUUACCCCUGGUUAUUGGACUCACUGCACCCGCUCGUACAGGAUUUUCUUCUUCACGAGCUUCACCUUCACCCUCCCGCCGCUACCGCUCGCCCACUCGCUUCAAUGGAGGACGUGCCGUCCGACCCGCCGGACGAGGAGUUUCCCGGCCCGUCGGAGCGGUCUCCAAGGAGGAAGCGACGUUCGCGCCGCCGGCGCGGCACUCCACAGCCGGAUGUCGGGACAUGUAAGCAGCCGGCUGUGCUGGUCACCUCAGAGACAGUUACUCCCUCUAGGGCCUCCCCAGAGGCUGGGUGUCGCUCACCAGCCAACUCUGGACCCCUAGAGGUCAAGACGCCAGCGCCAGCAGCUCCCCCAGAGAACUCACUAGAACAGUCUCGGCUCUCAGCACCCCCUGAGAGUUCAAUCCCAGCCAGUGUCCACACUGGCAGAGGUCUGCGUACCUGCUGCUUCAGUGUCUGUUUCCACUGGAGGGCCCGAGGAGCCCGUCCAGUCUCAAGCCACGUUAGCUGGGGUUCGGGAGAACCCAGCCACCUUCGAGUGUCGUCAGCUGGAGGGCCAGAGUCGCCCGUCCAGCCUCAAGCCACGUCUGCUGGAGGUUCCAAGGAGCCCGUCCAGCCUCAAGCCACGUCUGCUGGAGGUUCCAAGGAGCCCGUCCAGCCUCAAGCCAUGUGUGCUGGAGGUUCCAAGGAGCCCGUCCAGCCUCAAGCCACGUCUGCUGGAGGUUCCAAGGAGCCCGUCCAGCCUCAAGCCACGUCUGCUGGAGGGCCCGAGAAGCCCGUCCAGCCUCAUGCCACGUCUGCUGGGGGCCCUGGAGGACCCAGCCAGCACAUCCUCAUGUCAGCUGACAGUCCGGGGAAGUCUGUUCAGCCGUCACCUGCUGAACUAUCCCCUGCGACUUCUGCAUCAUCUCCUGCAGCAUCAUCGCCUCCGCCUGCAGCAUCAUCGCCUCCGCCUGCAGCAUCAUCGCCUGCAGCAUCAUCGCCUGCAGCCGUCUCGCUGCCGUCAGGUUCCGCAGCUGUCCCGCUGCCGUCAGGUUCGGCCCCCGUGUCUUCAUCCACGCCUGGUCCGGCCUCCGUGUCUUCAUCCACGCCUGGUCCGGCCUCCGUGUCUUCAUCCACGCCUGGUCCGGCCCCCAUGUCUUCAUCCACGCCUGCUUCAUCCGCGCCUUCGCCUGGUCCAGACUCGUCCACGCCUGGCCCAGACUCGUCCAUGCCUGGCCCAGCCUCGGUGUCUUCGUCCACGCCUGGCCCAGACUCGGUGUCUUCGUCCACGCCUGGCCCAGCCUCGGUGUCUUCGUCCACGCCUGGCCCAGCUUCAGCUUCACCUUUGCCUGGUCCUGCCACGUCUGGUCCUGCCUCGUCCACGUCUGGUCCUGCCUCGUCUGGUCCUGCGGUUGCCACACCGCCAUGGGACCCAGCUCGUCCUGUUCCGCCUCGUCUCUGCCGGCCGCUUUCCGGGCCUCUAAGUUGGCAUCAUGGCCGUCGAGGACGGCCUCCGGACAGAGUUCGUCGCCACCGCUGGCAUCGCGGCCGACCUCCGGACCUGCGCAGGGGCCGCCGUUGCCGUGUGCACGGUCGGCCUCCAGAAGUGUUUGCCCGUCGCCGCCGUUGCUGUGUGCAUGGCCGGCCCCCUGACCUGUUGUGGCUCCUGUAUGGCCGACCUCCGGGUCGACCCCCUGAACUGUUCGUGGACUCUUAUUGA